GGAUGGAGCAGUGAGUGGGUCUGGGCGGCUGCUGGCAGCGCCAUGGAGACGGUGCAGCUGAGGAACCCGCCGCGCCGGCAGCUGAAAAAGUUGGAUGAAGAUAGUUUAACUAAACAGCCGGAAGAAGUGUUUGAUGUCUUAGAGAAACUUGGAGAAGGGUCCUAUGGCAGCGUAUACAAAGCUAUUCAUAAAGAGACAGGACAGAUUGUGGCUAUUAAGCAAGUUCCUGUGGAAUCAGACCUGCAGGAGAUAAUCAAAGAAAUCUCUAUAAUGCAGCAAUGUGACAGCCCUCAUGUAGUCAAAUAUUAUGGCAGUUAUUUUAAGAACACAGACUUGUGGAUCGUUAUGGAGUACUGUGGGGCUGGUUCUGUAUCUGAUAUCAUUCGAUUACGAAAUAAAACAUUAACAGAAGAUGAAAUAGCUACAAUAUUACAAUCAACGCUUAAGGGACUGGAAUACCUUCAUUUUAUGAGAAAAAUACACCGAGAUAUCAAGGCAGGAAAUAUUUUGCUAAAUACAGAAGGACAUGCAAAACUUGCAGAUUUUGGGGUAGCAGGUCAACUUACAGAUACUAUGGCCAAGCGAAAUACAGUCAUAGGAACACCAUUUUGGAUGGCUCCAGAAGUGAUUCAGGAAAUUGGGUACAACUGCGUGGCAGACAUCUGGUCAUUGGGAAUAACUGCCAUAGAAAUGGCUGAAGGGAAGCCCCCAUACGCUGAUAUCCAUCCAAUGAGGGCAAUCUUUAUGAUUCCUACCAACCCUCCUCCCACAUUCCGAAAGCCAGAACUAUGGUCAGAUAGCUUCAUGGAUUUUGUGAAGCAGUGUCUUGUAAAGAGCCCUGAGCAUAGAGCCACAGCCACUCAACUCCUACAGCACCCAUUUGUCAAGAGUGCCAAAGGAGUGUCGAUACUGCGGGACUUAAUUAACGAAGCCAUGGAUGUGAAACUGAAACGCCAGGAAGCCCAGCAGCGGGAGGUGGACCAUGAAGAUGAAGAAAACUCGGAGGAGGAUGAAUUGGAUUCUGGCACCAUGGUUCGAGCAGCAGGUGAUGAGAUGGGCACUGUCCGAGUAGCCAGCACCAUGAGUGAUGGAGCCAAUACUAUGAUUGAGCACGACGGAACAUUGCUGUCACAGCUGGGCACUAUGGUGAUCAAUGCAGAGGAUGAGGAAGAGGAAGGAACUAUGAAAAGAAGGGAUGAGACCAUGCAGCCUGCAAAACCAUCUUUCCUUGAAUACUUUGAACAAAAAGAAAAGGAAAAUCAGAUCAACAGCUUUGGCAAGAGUGUGCCUGGCCCACUGAAGAACUCUUCCGAUUGGAAAGUACCACAGGAUGGAGACUAUGAGUUUCUUAAGAGUUGGACAGUGGAGGACCUUCGGAAGAGGCUCUUGGCCCUCGACCCCAUGAUGGAGCAGGAAAUUGAAGAGAUCCGGCAGAAGUACCAGUCCAAGCGGCAGCCCAUCUUGGAUGCCAUUGAGGCUAAGAAGCGGCGGCAACAGAACUUCUGAGCCAGGCCCGGCGGGAGGGCCCACUCCCCCACGGCCUUCGGUGAGCUCGGAUCGGAUCGCUCGCCGCUCAAGCUUGUUAGCCACCACUCUGCCGGUGCCUCUCCACGGCACCUUUGUGAACUCAGGAAUGUGCGCCAGAGGGAAGGGCUGCCUCGCUGGUCAGCGAGCGACAUGUCUUGGUGUGUGUGAGUGUCUCAGUCGGUCAGGUUUAUUAUUUCAAAGGAUUUAUGUGGGCACUUUUAAACUCAGAGUUUCAAACCCCAGGAACAGAGACUCCUAGUCAAAUGAUAGCUGGGAAAGUUUUACAUUGUCUUUUGUUUUUCUUCUCCCAAUAGCUUUCAACUGUUCUUUCUGGAAGACUUUUUAAAAACUAUAAAUAUGCAUAUAUGUGUAAAUUGUAACUAGAUUCCCCACUCAGUGUGGUGGCAUCUCUGUACAGGUACAGUUCUAAGCGGUUUGCCUCUUUUCUGUAAGAUGACGGUACUGUGGAACCGAGGGCAGGCACACUGGGGGCCCUGGGGGCCACUCCACUCCCAGGAGCCAGCCUCACCCUUUUGCAGGGCUGCUUGUGUAAAAAUUAGGUCCGGGCCAGUUUUCACCACGUUUCGGCCUUGUGUGGGUCAUCCCCGGCUCCUGGAGCUGUUGGUGGCGUCCAAGGGAAAGCCUUGAGAGUCGUGUUUACUUUUGAGUCCCAGGAGAAGCCUGGCGCCUUCUCUGCAAAUUGGCCUUUGUGGUUUCAGCGCCUUUUAUCCACCUCCACUCUCCCGACUGCCUGAGUCACCGCACAGAUCCUGCCCAGUGCCUUAAGAGGAGACGUGACCCAGUGAGGGGGCAGGCCUGCUAGGAUCUCCCAGCAAACACGGGGCUGUGAUCCGUCCACAAAAGGGAAAGGGCUUUGAAGUUCUCAUUGUUCAUGUGAAGAUCACACACGUGGCAUUUUGCACUGCAUUCCUUUCAGACGGUAGCAGGCAUUGAUUUUGUGAUCCACAUUCAAAUAUGUGACUUUUUUAUUUUACUGCUAAGGGGUCUGGAAGGGAUAGUGAAUGUCAGACUAAGAUUUGUUCUCCAGGAGGCUCAACCCAGGCAUGUGGAAGCCAGAGCUGGAAGGGACCCUGCCUGUCAUCUGGUGUGGCUGAGGCUUGGAGAGGGCAAGCAGCAUGGCCAAAAUCUCAAAGCAGGUGGAAGUGGGAGCUGGGACUAGACCUCGGGCUGCUCCCUCCCGUCCACUGAACCGAGCAGCCCCUUCUCCAAGAGAAGAGACCUGUUCGGUUUGGGUUAAGUUACUCCAGGCAAGCCUGCUAAUGGGAACUUGCUCUCGCUUUCUCCCUUCGAUGGGUGAGGCUGUGAAGAGAUUCCCAGGGGAGCCAGAUCCUGUGUCAGCCACUCCAUGGCCUCUGCACCAUCUGCCGGAUAGCAGACAGGCCUCGUGCAGGCAGAUUUAAGGCCAAAAGCAGAGCAGAAGGCUCGCAGAAGACAGCACCGAGCCCUUCUGCAGCGUUGGCUCAGGGCCACCUGUCACUUAGUCACACGGCAAAGAGGAGACAGUUGGGAAGGGCAAAUGUGUCUUUAUUUUCAAACAUCUCUUCUUCUCAGAUAGGGAACUGUGCCUGGGUUGCACCUAAGGACACUGAAAUUUGACCCCAGAAUUGCUUUUGCUUCUCAAACCUGGGAAUCAAUGGAAAGGCAGGGAAUGUUCCUCUUCUGUGGCCAGAUUCUGUUCUUAGCGAUUAAAGCAAGUUUUAAAAAAUGCAAGAGCCAGUUGUUCUACAGGGCUUGGCCAGUUAAGCAGCUAUGUGGCAGAUACAGAGAACAGGGGACAAUUUGAGGGUCCCCCUGGAAUAAUAAAUGGCAGCUAGCAUUCAUUGACCACAUGAUGUGCCAGGCACAUUGCUCAGUAGACCCUUUCUGUGAGCUCCAAAUUUCACAACAACUCUGUGAGUUAAGGACUUUAUCUCCAUGUCAUAGACAAACAGGUUCGGAGAAGGCAGUAUAGCUAGUAAGUGAUAGAACCAGGAUUCAUAACAUCACUGUAUGGGACCAGCAUUUACAGGGGAAAGUCUUUUUUAAAUGAAGGGACCACCUUUUCUCACUCAGACUAAAUAACUCUUAACGGGCAUUUUUAAGCUGGAAACAGCAGAAUUAGUAGUCAAGUCUGACAGCCAAGUGAGUUUUAAAAACCAAAUCAUGGAGCAGGCACUCCCCCACACCGGCUGCUGUGCUAGCUAGCAGUCCGGCCUCAGCCUCUUUCUUUUUUAAAAAGAACUUUGCACUUGGCCAGCAAUGCCCUUUUUCUGUCUUCCUAAGCUAGAUCUAAGUAAAACAAGUUUCCGUUUUUCCCCAUAAAUAUUCCUGAAUCUUGAUCUGGAGUUUAUUUUGUUUCAAGCAUGUGUGCACCCAACAUGCUGGUCCAACAAAGUGCAUUGCUCUCCAGUCUAGCUAGACCUAGUCCUCUGCCAGAAACCAAUCUCUUUGGGGUCAGAUAAACUUCCUGACCAGUGGUAUUUGUUUUCUAGUGACAGGAAGGCAGAGGAGCAAAUCCUAGUCCUGUUUUUCCGUGAAUACUGAGCACUGAGUGGCAGUCAUUGCUUAAGCACUUGUGACUCAAGCUUCUAGGGAACUUAGCCCCUUACUUGUUCUCUCCUUCUAAGAAACGAUGACCCACACCUAAUUGUGUCUUUAAAAUAUCUUGAAUUCUCUAAGAAUAUCUUUAUUGCUUCCUCGUCAGUAAUUUUGAAGCAAAUUUCUAUAUUUCCUUCUCCAUUAUCCCUUCUCCCAACCAUUGGAUUGAUGGAUGAGUGUU